GCCUGUCAUCUUCUCCCAGAAUUUACCCCUUCCCAACGCUUAUCUUCCUAUCCUCAACAAAUCCCUUCACGCAAUCAAAUAUAUCUCUCUUUUCAAACCGGUUCCUUUCAUGACAUUCUUCAAGUAGAGUUGCUCGAUAAUUGUUGCUUCUAUCGUUUUUGAGGAUGGAAGAUCAAAUUGUGGAGCGGAGGAUUGUGGAGCAUACUUCCUUAAAAGAGGAGGAAGAUGAAGAUGAUGAAGACGAGGGGGAAGUGAAAGAGAGUAAUAUACGAUGGAUUGUGACAAGAGGAUUGGGGUUGGGGAAGAAGGUUAUGAUUACAGGUAUUGUAAUCUCUUCUACCCCAGUUGUUCUUCCUCCGCUUAUUGUAAUUUCUGCUCUCGGUUUCGCAUUUUCGGUCCCUUUUGGUCUUGCUUUUGCUAGUUAUACUUGUACUGAGAAGCUUAUGAACAAGUUGCUUCCAAGGUCAGAGCCACCUCUAUUGUUGGGGUACGGGGAAAUGGUUGAUGAUGAAGAGGAUUAUGAUGAACAAGUAGGAGGGAAAGGUUCUGGUUUUGGUGGAGACAUGUUGAUGGAAGAGGAGGAAAAGAAAGAAAUGGAGGAUGCAAAAGGAGGAGUUGAAAUACGGAUUGAGUUAGUGAUGGAGGAGGGCGGUGGAUACGAGGGAGGACCUACUCUUGUUGUAGAUGAAGAUGUUGGCAGAGCGGAGGAAGAAAGAGAUAUCAAUAUAGAUGAGGAUGUUAAAGGAGGAGGAUAUGAGGAUGAUGUGGGUGAAUACUUGGAAGGAGAGAAUGAGGGAUCAAUGAAGGAGAAGAAUUUAGAAAUCGAACGAGGGAGAGAAGCAGAAAAUUGGGAAUUUGAUGAAAAAAUUAAGGAAACUGAGGGUUUGGAUUUGGUGGCCACAGAAGCCAGGGGUAAAAAUGAGGGCGAAAAAGACGUCACUUUAACACCAGGUCUGCCAGAUAAGAAUUUGGUUGAAGUAUAUGUAGGUGAUGCAGUGAAGGAAGAUACCUUAGAGAAUCCAGGGGGACUUGAGGGAAACGAGGAUGAAAAGAUUACACAUCCAGAAGUAGUAGAGAAGCCAUUAGAAAGCAAAGAUGAGAAGGUAGAUAGUCUUGUGAGAGAGACUCAAGCAACAAAAACUGAAAAAGGACCCGAGGUUACCUCGGAAGAAAAAGAGAUAAUAGAGGUAAUGAAGAAACCAAACGUCAGCAAAAGUUCAAAGAAACACCACAAAAAGAAGAAAGCAAAUGAUGGAAAAAAUGUUGCAAUAUCAGAGAAAGAGGAGGGGUUGAGCAAUAAGCAGCAGGAAGACAAAGAUACUGAUGUGAAGAUAAUAGAAAAAAAGGAAGAGGUGAGGGAUGAAGUUAAGGUGAAGCAAGAUGAGAAGCAUUUACCAGUGAAAAGGGAGACCAAAGAAGGAAAAGAUGAGGCCAACCAAAGUGGUGUUGCCAAAAAGGCCAAGAAAGCUGCUGAGAUGGACAAAACACUGCCAGGGAGCAGAGAGGUUGGGCAAGCUGCAAACUCGACUAAGGAUCCUAAAGAAGCCAACAAUGGCAAGCAUGUUGCAAACGAUGCUUCUCGUCCAUUGGAAGGCAAGGAUAACCUGGUGGCUCCGAAAGAGGUUCAAAGGAAGGCACCUGAUGUCCACGGGAACCUUCCGUCUGGAAAAAAAGGGACUACUGAUCAAAAGAAAAAUGCAAAUGCCAGUGGUGUCAAUCAGGUUUCUGGAAGAGCAGGGAUUCCGAAGGCCAAACCCGCCAAGGAGUUCCUCAGUGAGGAGAAGAUAUGGGAGAAGACAAAUGCAAUGAGAACAAUCGUGGGAUACACAGCAGCACCCCAACCUUUGUUGGUAGAUGAACUAAAAGCGCUAUACAUCUUUACUGGAGUUGAGCCGCCAUCUACAUUCCGUAACCCGUCCACUUUGACAGAAGUGAAUGACAAGCUUCAGUUUCUUAUGUCGAUUGUGGGAAUAAAGUAAAGUGUUGGUGCUUUAUUUAGACUUUAUUUUCUUAUCAUCUCCUUUUGCGUUGUUAGUUUGUUAAAUUUUAGCUUGAUACUGGAUUUGUGUAAUGAUUAUGCUAGAAAUUGCACUUUGUUGUAAAAUCAUCAGCUUGAAUGUUCUAUAGUGAGCUUUGGCUCCUUUUAGGAGAACAUUCUCCUAAUGCUUAAACGUCCCUUCAUCUUGGCGUUGGUUCUGAAACAGGAACUGUUAGUCCUUGUUGAUGUGUUUGAAAACUCGCUGUUGUGCAGUCUUUGAAUUCUGAAUUUGAUCUUAGCUAAGACUCUGUUAUCGUCUCCUA